GUUGUGUUCGAUACUUUCGUUGUUAUGUGGGUAGUACCAUAAAGUCUGGAGAAGAAACAUGGUGGAAUCUGAGAAAAACCUGCUACCAGAUUGUUGAACAUUCCUGGUUUGAAUCUUUUAUCAUAUUCAUGAUUCUUUUGAGCAGUGGAGCCCUGGCAUUUGAAGACAUACAUAUAAAUGAGAGAAAAAGCAUUAAAACUAUGUUGUCAUUUCUUGACAAAAUGUUCACUUUCAUCUUUUUUCUGGAGAUGCUCCUGAAAUGGGUGGCUUAUGGCUUCAAGAAGUAUUUCACUAAUGCCUGGUGCUGGCUGGACUUCCUUAUUGUAGGGGUAUCUUUAAUAGACCUCUUAGGCAGCUCAUUAGGGCCCAUGAAAUCUCUUAGGACUCUCCGAGCUCUGAGGCCCUUAAGAGCAUUGUCUCGAUUUGAGGGAAUGAGGGUGGUUGUCGAUGCCCUCUUGGGAGCCAUCCCUUCCAUCAUGAAUGUUCUGCUUGUCUGCCUCAUCUUCUGGCUCAUCUUUAGCAUCAUGGGAGUGACCCUCUUUGCUGGGAAGUUUGGGAAAUGUGUCAAUCUGACAGAAGAAGAUUCAGAAUUAAAUAAUUCAAUCAAUGACAUAACAGACUGUAGAAUGUAUAAUAACACAGGAAAAAUAUUCUGGAUCAAUGUUAAAGUCAACUUUGAUGAUGUUGGCUCUGGCUACUUGGCUCUUCUUCAGGUGGCAACAUUUAAAGGUUGGAUGGAAAUCAUGUAUGCGGCAGUAGAUUCACGAGAGAAAAAUGAACAGCCGAAAAUGGAGCACAGUCUAUUUAUGUAUCUCUACUUUGUAAUCUUUAUCAUCUUUGGAUCUUUCUUUACCCUGAAUCUCUUUGUUGGUGUUAUUAUUGACAACUUCAACCAACAAAAAAAAAAGAUAAGUGGGGAAGAUAUCUUUAUGACAGAAGAACAGAAAAAAUAUUACAAUGCAAUGAAAAAGCUGGGAUCCAAGAAACCUCAAAAACCCAUUCCAAGACCACUGAACAGGUACCAAGGUUUCCUUUUUGACAUUGUAACACGUCAAGCUUUUGAUGUUGUCGUCAUGAGUCUUAUCUGCCUUAACAUGAUCACCAUGAUGGUGGAAACCUAUGAGCAAAGUGAAACAAAGGCUAACGUCCUUAACAAAAUCAAUAUACUCUUCGUUGCCAUCUUUACUGCAGAAUGUGUACUGAAAUUGGUGGCUCUGAGGCAGUACUAUUUCUCAAAUGCCUGGAACAUAUUUGAUUUAGUUGUUGUGGUCAUGUCACUUGUUGCCUUAUUGCUUUCUGGCAUUGGUAAAGCAUUUGAACAUUUCUUACCACCUACACUCUUCAGGGUCAUUCGCUUGGCUCGGAUUGGACGAAUACUGAGGCUCAUCCGGGGAGCCAAAGGAAUUCGAACUCUGCUUUUUGCAUUAAUGAUGUCCCUACCUGCUCUGUUCAACAUUGGCCUCUUGCUUUUUCUGGUCAUGUUUAUCUAUGCCAUUUUUGGCAUGGCUAACUUUGCCUAUGUGAAGAUGGAAGAUGGCAUUGACGAUAUAUUCAACUUCCAAACUUUUGCUAACAGCAUGCUCUGUCUCUUCCAAAUCACCACGUCAGCUGGUUGGGAUGGUCUUCUCAGUCCUAUUUUAAACACUGGGCCACCAUUCUGUGAUCCAAACAUAAACGGUACUAUAGGUGAAUGUGGUAAACCUGCCAUAGGUAUUAUUUAUUUUGUAAGUUACAUCAUUGUGUCAUUUCUUAUUGUUGUAAACAUGUAUAUAGCUGUUAUUCUGGAGAAUUUCAAUGCUGCUACAGAGGAAAGUACAGAGCCUUUGGGGGAAGAUGACUUUGACAUCUUUUAUGAAAUCUGGGAGAAGUUUGAUCCUGAGGCAACUCAGUUUAUAACUUUCUCUGAACUUUCAGACUUUGCAGAUGCUCUGUCUGAACCUUUACGGGUACCAAAACCAAAUAAAGUUGAACUCACAGCAAUGGAUCUACCUAUGGUCAGUGGAGACAGGAUCCACUGCUUGGACAUCUUGUUCGCUUUUACUAAACGAGUGUUAGGAGAUUCUGGGGAGCUGGAUACUCUAAAAGUACAAAUGGAGGAGAAGUUCAUGUCUGCCAAUCCAUCAAAAAAAUCCUACGAGCCAAUCUCUACCACACUCAGACACAGGCAAGAGGAAGCAUCUGCCACUGUCAUCCAGCGUGCCUACAGGAGUCAUUUGCUCCUGCGCUCUAUAAAUCAGGCUUCUUACCCAUACAAUCACAGAACAUGCAGUAUUGACACUCUUGGAGAUGCUGCUCCAGAAAAAGAAGGACUUAUUGCAUCUAUGAUGGGUGAAAACUAUGGUAGGAGUCCUGACAAGUCUGAAACUUUGUCCUCAGCAUCCUUUCCUCCAUCAUAUGACAGUGUCACAAGAGCCAAUAGCGGCAAUCUCGUGGUUGAGAAUGGAGAAAUUACAG